CCCCACCGACAGAUAUUUUUCUCCCGUAUGCUACCAUCUAUCCGUCUGAACGACGCAUAAAUCUGACCACAACCGUUGAUCGCACAACUUAUCCAUCUCUUUUGUUUAUGGUUUUUUUUACGACCAGGAUUCCGUAUAUGUAUAAGUAAAACAGAAUUCUCUCGCGCCGAUCCCGACACUGUCCACUUGCUGCUUGGAUCACUCGUGCAGUCACCUCUGAGAUUGAGCUUCGGAUAUCGUGUUUUGUUGUGUUUUCACGCUGGCGUUGGUGUUUUAUAGUGCUUUUGUGUGUUUUAGCAUUUCCGACGGAGCAAGGUGCAAUAUUGCUAUGACGGUGCCUUUCCCUGAUUGGGAUUUCCACCUGACGCUUCGAAACUAACAAUAGGCAGUAAAAGCAUUCAUGGAUAUUCUCGAGCCCGACGAAAACAAACCAUCACGAGAAACCCCUAAAGAUCAGAAAACGCCUCUUAGCCGUUAUAUCCAUGCCAACGUGAGGAAUGGAGGAGGAAAUCUUGAAAAUGCCACGAGUUUUUUCUACGGCGGCGAGUAGACAUUUAAUUCCACGCCUUAGUUUCUAUGCUACGAUAGGGCUAUUUUUACUUUGUUUGGUGCCCAUUGAUACUUCGGCCACCGGCCAGCCACUAGAGAGGCUUGUUCUACCUCAUAAAUCAGGACGAGAGUUGCGAUUCAACAAGAACGGAGAGUUUAAAAUCCUUCAAGUAGCGGAUAUGCACUAUGCGGAUGGUAUCCUGACGCCGUGUUUAGAUGUGGAUGAGGAGCAGGCCCUCACUUGCACAGAUCUCAACACCACUGCUUUCAUAGAGCGAUUAAUUCAAAACGAGAAGCCUGACCUCAUAGUCUUUACAGGGGACAAUAUAUACGGCAACGACAGCUCCGACCCGGAAAAAUCCCUGAACGCGGCGUUCGCCCCUGCAAUUGUCGCGGGGAUCCCGUGGGCUGCUGUGCUGGGGAACCACGAUGACGAGGGCUCCUUAUCCAAAAAGAUGAUAAUGGAGCAAAUCGCCGGGAUGGACUAUUCCGUGUCUCGAGUCAACCCUCCCGGCGAAUCGGCCAUCGACGGCUUCGGCAACUACAAUCUGGAGGUUGGAGGAGUCAAAGGCUCGACUUUUGAGAACAAAUCAGUCCUGAACCUUUACUUCCUCGACAGUGGGAGUUACUCUACCAAUCCGAUCAUCCAAGGAUACGACUGGGUCAAGCUUUCCCAGCAGCUCUGGUUUCGACGCAUUUCGGCCGAGCUCCAGGAGGCCUACAAAAAAGAACCAGAGCCUCAGGAACUAUCGGCACCCGCACUCGCCUACUUCCACAUCCCGCUCCCUGAAUUCGGACAAGUCAACAACUCCGAAGGAACGAAAUUUGAAAACAUCUCCUCCGCAUCCGUCAACUCAGGCCUCUUCACAACAAUGGCGGAGGCAGGGGAUGUGAAGGCCAUCUUCACAGGUCACGAUCACUUGAACGAUUUCUGCGGUGAUUUAUACGAGAUGCAUUUGUGCUAUGCAGGAGGGGUUGGCUAUCACGCCUACGGGAUGGCUGGAUGGCCCAGGAGAUCGAGGGUCGUAUUGGCAACUCUAGAGAAAACUGAGGAUGGGAGCUGGGGAGGUGUUCGGACGAUUCGGACGUGGAAACGCCUGGAUGAUCCAGAUUUUAGCAAAAUAGAUGAACAGACUCUUUGGAGCAAGUUUGACGAGCCACCAGCAACAGAACAACCACUUGUCAAUUUAGAAAAAGCCUUCGACAACUGUUGAAAUGCUUCUUUUAGAAAUAUGUAUGCACUGAUCCUUUGGAAAAGGUUUGAUGAGACACCGUCAUCUUUAGAAUAAUCCUAGUCCUUUAGCAAAAUAGAUGAACAGACUCUUUGGAGCAAGUUUGACGAGCCACCAGCAACAGAACAGCCACUUGUCAAUUUAGAAAAAGCCUUCGACAACUGUUGAAAUGCUACUUUUAGAAAUAUGUAUGCACUGAUCCUUUGGAAAAGGUUUGAUGAGACACCGUCAUCUUUAGAACAACCCUAGUAACGACUGUUGAAACGACUCUCAAAAACUCCUCAAUUUUAAAAGGACAAUAGUUAAAAAACAGUUGUAGUGUUCACUUUAGGAGACCCUUCUUGCCUAUUUAAGUAGGUAAAUUUUGUGUGAGAUUUAAGUAAAAAAGUGUUGAGCCUCGCUAAAAAUAUCGACUGUAGUUUUUCAACAGUAAACAUGAUUUAUAAAAAUCAAAAAAA